AUGGUCCUUUCUCCCUUCUCCGGUAGACCCAUCCUGUCAGCUACCGACGAAGCUGUAUUGGUUUGGCUGGGUCUUGCUUCCGCCGGUGAUGAGUACGGCAAUAGGCAGCUCCACAAACGGCUCGCUCAACCAGGGUCCGCCCUGGGGUUCUACAGCUGUGACAAUGGUCAUUGUUUCGAGACCAAUGCUGACGCAUUUAUCACUAUUCCAGGCCGGACCGUCUCGGAGGCUACAAUCCACUUCCUUGGUUUCACUGCGGAAAAGACGGCAGAGAUCUGGGAAGGCUGGGUGGAUAUGUAUUUGGACUUACCAAGAGUUCCCAACUGGUUUCUUUGUGGAUUUGCGCUAGACUACAUCAACACCACUAUAGAUGCAAGCAAUGACAAAGACGAUGCGACAUGGAGACGCGUCAUGACUAUUUUGGGAGUGGCAGCCUCUCUUCAGGAUUUCAUCCUAGAUCCCGCGCACAGGCACAUUCGGGCUAAGCACAGUUGUGCUUCCUGGAUCAAACAAACGAUCCAAGAGCGAUAUAACAGGCUACGUAAUAUUCAGACGGCAUCUCGGUCACGGGCGGAGUUGCUGGAGCCUACUAUCUAG